AAGGGACGGGGCUGGACAGAGGAGAGUCGAGAGGAAUAGGUAGAGAGGCCACAAAUGGAGACUGCCCAUUGGAGAGACAGCCCAUUUGAGACCUAAUUAGAGGAGUGGCUCGGUUAUGGGGCGGGCCUAGAGCCAGGGCAGGUCAUAGAGAGAGUGAGCUAGAGUGGCCAUGGGAGGCGGCAUCGGCUAGACGAGGGCGGGGCAAGGGGCCAGAGCGCCUACGCAGUCACAGGAGCGCGCGCCCUACUUUGAACAGUCCCGGGAGGCGGUGCGCCUGCGCACUAGUGCUGCCCUGAAAGAGUGGCUUCCUCCCUCCCAGGCUUUGGCCUGGCCUGGAGGCCUUGGAAUCUGCAGUUUCGUCCCGUCUAGACCCCGGCCCUAUCAUGCCAGAGAUCCGCCUCCGCCACGUAGUGUCGUGCAGUAGCCAGGAUCCGACCCAUUCGGCGGACAAUCUGCUGAAGGCUGACACUUACCGGAAAUGGAGAUCGGCCAAGGCGGGGGAGAAGCAGAUCUCCGUCAUCCUACAGCUGGAGAAGGAGGAGCAGAUCCACAGCAUCGAUGUCGGGAACGAGGGCUCGGCCUUUGUGGAGGUGCUGGCGGGCAGCUCCGCCGCUGGAAGUGGGGAGCAGGACUACGAGGUCCUCCUUGUGACCUCUUCAUUCAUGUCCCCCACGGAGAGCCGCAGCGGGACGAACUCCAAUCGGGUUCGGCUGUUUGGUUCUGACAAACUGGUCCGGGCCACGGCUGAGAAACGCUGGGACCGGGUGAAGGUGGUGUGCAGCCAGCCCUACUGCAAGGACUCUCCAUAUGGCCUGAGCUUCAUAAGGCUCCACAGCCCCCCUGACAAGGACAAGGAGGAGCCCGAGGCCGCCCCGCCGAAAGUCACCAAGUUGGGAGCCUUCCGAGUGAGGGAGGAUGACGGGGCGAGCGGCAGCCUCCGGCCCGGGGCCCUCUUUUUCAGUCGGGUCAGCAAGACCUCUCCAGGCCCCGCCAAAGAGCAGCCAGGCCCCAGCUACGCAGCAGCCACCCUGCAGGCCUCCGAGAGGCCGUGCGCCCCGUCUCCCCCGGCCUCCCCCGGCCGGCCCCCUGCCCCGAGCAGAGCCCCCAGCAAGCCCCAGGAGUCUCCUAAGGGAAAGAGAAAACUGGAUGUCGGCCAGGAUGAGCCCGCAAACCGCCAGAGGCCUCCGGGCCCCGCAGCCCACCCGAAGCCGCCGGCCCCCAAGAAGUCCAGAGGGCCGGCUUCUCGAGCCGACAGGAAAGGCCCAGCUGGGCCUGCAGAGCUGGGGAAGGUCCUGGAAGGCGUCGUGGUGGUGCUGAGCGGCUUCCAGAACCCCUUCCGCUCGGAGCUGCGGGACAAGGCCCUGGAGCUGGGCGCCAAGUACCGGCCGGACUGGACAGACGACAGCACCCACCUCAUCUGUGCCUUCGCCAACACGCCCAAGUACAGCGCCGUCCUGAGCCGGGGCGGCCGCAUCGUGCGCAAGGAGUGGGUGCUGGACUGUCACCGCGCCCGCCGCAGGCUGCCCUCACGCCGGUACCUCAUGGCGGGCCCCGACUCGAGCAGCGACGACGAGACGCCGCCCCCCACCCCAAAGCGGGGGGCCGUGACCCCACCCCCAGCUCUCCCUCAGCACCCCCCAGCACACCAGCAGCCCAGCUCCAGGACGCCCUCCCCCCCAGAGUCGCAGGGAGCCACGGACACGGAGGAGGAGCCAGCAGAUGCCCAGGAUGAUGGGACAGAUGACUCCGGGGACACAGAGGACGAGCUGAGGAGGGUGGCCGAGCAGAGGGAGCAGAAGCGGCCCCCAGACCCGGCCGAGAACGGCGGCGGUGAUGACGACCCCUACGCCGGGACCACCGACGAGAACACGGACGAUGAAGGCCCAGAGCCGCCUGACCUGCCCAUCCCCGAGCUCCCAGACUUCUUCCAGGGCAAACACUUCUUCCUGUAUGGAGAGUUUCCUGGCGAGGAGCGCCGACAGCUCGUCCGAUAUGUCACAGCCUUCGACGGGGAGAUAGAAGACUACAUGAACGAGCGAGUACAGUUUGUGAUCACAGCCCAGGACUGGGACCCCAGCUUCGAAGAGGCCCUCCUGGAAAACCCUUCACUGGCCUUCGUGCGUCCCCGAUGGAUCUACAGCUGCAACGAGCGGCAGAAGUGGCUGCCCUACCAGCUCUACGGGGUGGUCCCACGGGCCUGAGUGCAGCUUCCUGCCCCCACCCGCUCCGCACCCCCAGCCCCAAUAAAAGGCCUGUUCAGAGCG